CCUUCUUAUGCCGCGUGGAGAUUGAUCAGACGCGUGCAAACAUUAAAGCGUCGCGUGCUUUUUCUCGGUAGGGAACCCCUGCGCUCGCGCCGUGGACCAUUCCUCCGUUCAUCUACAUCCAGACGAGGUGUGAACAGCGCACAGCGCCAGACGGACCAGAGUUGUUGGCUGGUGUGGAUUCACAGCGGAGCGCACAACUCGCGGACUCUGUACAACGCAACUCCGGCACAGAUGGAUAUUUACGUAGCUCUGUUGUUGUUUUUCCUUUUCACCAAACCAGCUUUUGGUUUCGGAUCAGAUCAAGACUACCAGAUUGAUAUAAUCAGCGAACUUGACCUGGCAAAUGCCACUUAUGGAAUUACCCAAGUGGCUGGACUUCACAACGGCAGCAAAGCCUUCCUGUUCCGAGAUGUUGGGAGGGCAGUUCAUGGACCACCACACAUCACAGAAAGAGUGGUGCAACUGUUCAGGAGUAAAAGUGAAUUCACCUUCUUGGCCACCAUCCAGCAGAAGUCCUCCACAUCGGGAGUCAUAUUCUCAAUCCAUGAGUCAGAGCACAGUUACUUUGAGCUGGAAAGCAGCGGAGUGAGAGAGGAGAUCCGCUACCACUACCGCUUUAAGGGCAAACCGCGAUCCGAGUCAUUCCCCUACCGACUUGCUGACGGACAGUGGCACAAGGUCGCCCUCACCAUCAGCACUUCCCACCUCCUGCUGCACGUCGACUGCAACAGGAUUUAUGAGCGGGUGAUAGACCCUCCUCAGAUGGAGCUUACCUUAGGCAGUGGAGUGUGGCUAGGCCAACACAGCCACAAGCACGGCUUGUUCAAGGGAGUUAUUCAAGAUGUGAAGCUGAUCUUUGCUCCAAAUGGCUACAUCACACAGUGUCCAAAUCUUAAUCGCACCUGUCCCACCUGCAGUGACUUCCUGAGCCUGGUGCAAGGCAUCAUGGACCUGCAGGAGCUCCUCGCCAAGAUGACCCUGAAGCUGAACUAUGCAGAGUCUAGACUGACCCAACUGGAGGGCUGUCACUGCGAGAGGACCUGCAGCGCCAACGGCCUGGUGUACCGGGACAAAGAGCUGUGGGUGGAGCCGGAAAACUGCAGGAACUGUGCUUGUAAGAACGGUGUGGUGGAGUGUCGCAGGAUCUUCUGUCCUCCAGCAAAUUGCUCAGACGACAUGUUGCCUGUACAUGUUGAUGGGACUUGCUGUAAAACGUGCCGACCUAAGUGUACCUACAUGGGACAGACUUUUUCGGAGGGUCAACGCUUUCUUUCCAGGACUUGCAGGGAAUGCAAGAAUGGCUUGAUGGUGAAAGUUACAGAAACAUGCCCGGAGAUUAACUGUACCACCGGUGAGCAGAUCUUACCAGAGGGCAGAUGCUGCAAUGUUUGCAGAGGUUAUGACUUCUGCGCGGAGGGACUCAUUUGUGGAGAAAACUCGGAGUGUAAAAACAGGAAUACUAAAGCAGAGUGUGAAUGCAAGAGCGGCUAUGCCUCUAUCCAUGGGGACUCUACUUAUUGUGAAGAUAUCGAUGAGUGUGCAACACAGAUGCAUUACUGCCAGUCCAAUACGAUGUGUGUGAACCUGCCUGGAAGUUAUCGCUGUGACUGUCUACCGGGUUUCACCAGAGUGGAUGAAUACUCCUGCACCGAGCACGAUGAGUGUGCCAGUGGCCAAAGCUUGUGUGAUGAGAAUGCCAUCUGCACCAACACCAUCAGAGGACACCUGUGUACCUGCAAGCCAGGCUAUGUGGGAAAUGGCACCAUCUGCAGAGCUUUCUGUGAAGAUGGUUGUCGGAGUGGAGGGACCUGUGUGUCUCCAAACACGUGUGUUUGUCCUUCAGGAUUUACAGGACGCCGCUGUGAAACAGAUAUAGAUGAGUGUGCAGAGGGCCUGAUCGAGUGCCACAACCACUCCCGCUGUGUCAACCUACCCGGCUGGUACCACUGUGAAUGCAGAAGUGGUUUCCAUGACAAUGGAUCCUACCAGCUAGACGGAAGCUCCUGCAUUGACAUCGAUGAGUGCACUUUGCAGACACACACCUGCUGGAAUGAUAGUGUGUGUGUAAACCUCCCAGGAGGCUAUGACUGCAUGUGCACAUCUGGUCCAGGCUGCAGCGGAAACUGCCCACAAGACGAAGUUAUAAGACGCAAUGGAGAAGACUGGAAACCCGCCUAUGAUCGCUGUGCUCUGUGCUCCUGCAAGGAUGGACAGACGUUCUGCAGGAGGAAACCCUGUGACUGUGCAGACCCAGAUGAGGAUCUGUUUUGCUGUCCCAGCUGUGACAACCGGCCCAGCAGUCAGUGUCUGGACCAGAGUGGACGAACACUGUACCGCAGUGGAGCGUCUUGGAUGUAUGGUUGCCAGCAGUGUCGCUGCAUGGAGGGGGAGGUCGACUGCUGGCCUUUAGUUUGUCCCGUAUUAUUGUGCGAGUACACGGCAGUGGCAGAGGGUGAGUGUUGCCCGCGCUGCGUCACAGACCCCUGCUUGGCUGACAACCUGUCGUACGACAUUCGGCAGACGUGCACAGACCCCACUGGUGUCACUCGUCUCAGCGGGGACACAUGGCAUAUGCCCAAGUCGCCCUGCACUACCUGCAAGUGUAAGAACGGGAACGUUUGCUGCUUGGUGGAUCUCGACUGCCUUCAGAACAACUGAAACUCAUUCCUCCUCUUCUUCUCACUACGGGACUGUCACACGGCCUCCUCCAUCAGACAACCUUCCCACUGGAUCCAUAAGACAGACUUGCACACAAACGUGUGCAUGACAAUGUGUGCACAGGACGCACGCACUGGGCAGACUUUGGGUGUCAAAGCGGCGUCCUUUUGCCACAACUCUGACAGCGAGCGAGCGAGUGUGUGUGUGUGAGACUCAGGAGAAGAUCUGAGGUCAUUGUCACACUAAGUGUUGUAUAUGUAUCUGUGUGUUUGUUUUUUAUCCCUUAAUGUCUCAAGAAGAUGUGUACAAACUCUAGCAAGCAACUACAGAUAAGCAGGUGGUCACAUUUCGGUGCUCCAUACAUCUGUACUUCUUAAAUAUUGGCUCACUCUGGAUUGGUCAUCUAAAGAAGAUAUCAAAAAACGUGUUUCUUUGGCAACAAAAAAAGAAAAUGGGUUCACCUUUAAUGUUUUGUCUCAUUGAAAGAGCUGGUAGUUUUAAUAAAACCACAGAAUGUGAAGAAUUUAAUCUUUAACUGAUGUGAUGUGGAAUCAGUUUCCAGUCCGGCAACAAGUUGCUCUUGUUUAUGGUUUUUCAAAUUUGAUAAAUGAUCUUGCUCCUGUUUUAUGCAUAGAAAGUAACAUUUUGUGAUAACAUUUUGUUGUUUUUAAAAAAAAAAUCAUAAUGUGGUAAUCAAAGCUUCAUUGUAAUUAUGAUUUGCUGUCUUGUCAUUUUAUCAUAAAAGUGACCACAACUUGUAUGUCAUAUAUUUAAUUUGAUCUUGCACUUUUCUGCUUGCUUUGCAGCUCCACUUGACUGUAUGAAAAUAAACUCAUUAAAAAAGAGUACAAUAUCUUAAUGUUUAUAAAGCUGGAUAUUACCAACAUACAUUUUUUGUUGUAGGUCUACAGGUUUUUGGAUGAAAGUGAAAACACUUCUCUGUUGAUUUUGAUCUAUUGAUGAUAUAGGUCUGCUGUCCUUAUAGGUUAGAAAAACACCAAACACAGAAUAAACCACAUCCUUCCCAGUUUCCAGCCUCUGAACCGGGGCAUAUUUUUACAAAUAUUUUCCUCUGCAUCACUGUCGUCUCUCUAAUGAUGAUGAUGAUGACCAGAUGCUAACAUUUAACAACAGCACUCACAUUAUCAAUGCUGUGUGAUGUGUCACUACCACUUCUUGCAGGUCAGAACAAACACCAGCCCAAGCUGUUGAUUAAAUCAGCGCAGCUUAGCGAUGGGCUGGACUUCUGCUGCAUCUCCCAGGGCUCUGCAUCCUCAGCACCAUAUGCCACAAAGAAAAGCAGAGGGACAAAAAUAAGAGGAAAAAAAAGAAAGCUGGUGAAGGGGCUAAGGGGGGAUAAUUAAAGCCAUGUCACGCAGCCCUGGAUUUGAGUAUGCCAAGAGGUCACCAAGUGUUGAAUCUGUUUACAGACAGCUAGGCUUAAUAAGGCAGCACAGUCCUGAGCUUUUACUGCUUCACUUCUAUGCUUCAAAGCCUCUCUCCAGUGUCAUCAUGUUUGUGCAGAGUAAAUGCUUUCUCUAAAGUUUCAGUAGAGUUCUGGUUGCAGUGUACUCAAUUGCAGACCACCAGAAUUUCAAAUGUUACACUAUCUGGGAUUUUUGGUAAAAGCAUGCACUGUAGCAAAGGUUGUGAUCAUGGCGUGAUCACAUGGUUCGUUUCAGAAUUUAAUCUGUAAGUGUAACUGCAGAUCAUCGUAUUCUUGUUUAGAACUGGAAUUAACCUAAUUUCUAUUUGGUUUUAUCACUUCUUAAAAUUUAUUCAAGUGAAAUUAAAAUGUAUUGUUGCACUGAGGGGCACAGAUAUUCAUAAUGCUGAAAAUCGUGGCUAAAGUUUAUAAGUUCUGACAGUGAAUUGCAGAAGUACUUAGAACCCCAGAACUUUUCCAAAUUUCAUCAUAUGACAACCAUAUACCUCAAUGCUUGUUACUGGGAUUUUAUCUGGUAGACCAGAAGAAAAUGGUUACAAAGAUCUUAUUUUAAUGCUUGACAUAAUUUCUCUAUUUGAUUUUGGUUUGGCCUUUGAAUGGACAAUUCAAGUACAUAAACAUUCUUUGAUUCAAGCCAGGUCAUUGUAGCUCUGACUGUAUAUCUAAUGUGUUUCUCCUACUUGAAUGUAAAAUCUUUUCAGCUCACAUUCUCCAAGAAGCUGACAGGCAAACAAAGAGUAUGUUUAGGGUGUUACAUUUUGUUGCUUUUAAUGUUCUCUUAAAAACAAAAGAACUGGAUUUAAACUGAGAUUAAAUUAAAACGGUGAACUUUAUAUACUAGGACACUUCUGAUGUCAACCAGCUGCACUGGAUUUUAUUGAUGGUUGCUAGAAUAAGGGGGGCUGAAUAUAAAUGAAUUUCUCACUUUUCAAGUUUUCAUUUGUACAAAAUUUAAUUUGUAUUAUUUUAAUGGAUUUGAAAUUUUGAAUUUACUUUUGAGCUACUUUGUGUUGACCUACCACAUAAAAUAGUAGCAAAUUUUGAGGUUUGUGGUUGUAGUAUGACAACAUAUGGAAAAGUUUAACAGGUGUGAAUAGUUUGACAAGGUACUGUAGAUGAAGAUGCAUUUUAUUGAGUUGCUUGCACAAAUCAACUUCAUUGGCUUCUGCUAAUUGUCUGCAGUUACCGAAAAAUAACUGUUGUUCUGCAAUUCGACCACCAUUCAAGCCAAGCUUGUUUUGUUUUCCAGUACGCCUUUUUAGAUAUCACCAGCAUGUUUGUCUCUUCCCACUAUUUCAUAACGCAAUUCACGUUGUAAAAAGUUGCAGAAACGUUGCAGAAAGCACACACACCCCCACAUGCCUACACACCCAAGGAAAUGCAGUUAAUGUGAACUCUGUCUAUAUUAGUUGAAAGCAGAAAUUUGUACAAAAACUGAAUAAGAUUUUGAGAUUUCUCUGUUGACUGAUUUCAUAUAAAAUGACUGCUGUACUACACUAUUUGUAAGUCUGUGUGUAAAUGUUUUACAUGCUGACAAAAUACAAAAAAUAUUUUUGUGUUUAUAGACAAAUUGUGUUAAUUUAAGUUUACUGAUUUUUCUUUUGGUGUACAAGUUCAGUUUUGCUGUAAAUACUGUGUAAAUGGACGGGUACUGUAAAAAAAUUAAAAAAAAAGAUUAUGUGAAUAAUUCUCACUACCACAGCUUCUUAGGAUCUGAGUGUUGUAAGUUAAAUAAGAGAGAAGCAACAUUUCUAUUCUUUUUACUAUUUAUUUAUUUUUAUAUUCUUGCCUUAACCCUUUUUCGUAUUCAUUAGUUUGUCUUUUUCACUGUUUUAGGAUUUAAUUGUCUGAAUGUGUAUAUACAAAUACUUCAUUAAAACUCAACAGAAAUAUACUUUUGACAUAAUGAACAUGAACAUGCAGUUUUUUCAGGCAUUUUGUCCAGCUUUUAAGAAGAAGACAUGGACUUUUCCUUGAUUCAGUCUUUGUUACCCCUCACCCCCCCAACAUAUUUAUGUAAUCUGAACUGAGUUAUGUUCACUUGAACCACGAAAUUGAAUUGUAUACAUAUGUAAAAAAAAAAGACCGUUACAAAAGAAAGCAUUUUGCUUGUUUUACUUGAUAUUAAGAAAUCAACAACGUGUUACUGCUUUCUUUUAUUUAUUUAUUUUUUAAAGAAAGCAGUUCCAAAUCUUCUAGCAAUUGAUGUGCUGUUUUUCAUAGAAGACCACCAUGAAGAAAUCUACAGGUUUGGUCAUUGCCAGGUCAGAGUGCCCAAUGUAGUUUUACUCAAAGGGUUAAGUGUCAUUUAAAGACUGUGUUGUGAAAAGAAUUUGCUGUGAACUAAUUCUCCUGUUAAUAAAUACUUAAGUUGUU